GGUAAAACCUGAUUGAGUCCUGAGAAGAAAAAUCAAAGUAAGGAAGCGAGUGUGCGCGGUCGCCUUAACGUUCGAACUGGGCGCAAAAGACGAGCUCAAGUGUUGCCAUUUCAUCGUUUGACGUCCAUUUUGGGUUGUCAAAUCGGGUUUGUUUGGUGAUGAGGACCCGCGUGGGCGCUCCGAUUUUGGAUUGAGGGACCACGCUUGCGAUGCCUGCGAUUGUCGCCUUUACGGCCCUCCUGAUGCUGUUGGAAUGCGCGCUGGCCGCCGUACAUUUAGCUCCGCCCACCAACGUGACAGUGAAUUGCACGGACAGCCGGGCUAGCGUGCACUGGCGGUACGCCGAGGACGCCGACGUCAGCUUCUGGGUCUAUGUGGACGACUCCGAGCCGCACGAGACGACGCGUCACAGCUACGAAAAUCUAAGCGCUUGGGUGUGGAAGUCGUCGGAGAGCGCCAUGGACGUGCACUACGUCAGCGUGGCCGCCGCGGUACCCGACGGACCCUCGUCCCCCCAAAUCACCUUCACGUACAACAGCUUCAGGCUGGCCGAGGUCGAAUGCAAGUUGGCCUUUCCUGACGUGGACGUGAAGGCGGACGACGGGAGCGCCAUUGUCAGCUUCCCCAACCCGCUGCGCCACGACCCGCAACUGCGCCACGCCAUAAGGGGGGCCGCCACUUUGGAAUUCAACGCCACCUACGACAGUGGGGAGGUGAAGGCUGUCUGUGAACCAUACCAGAACGUUUGCCGGAAAGACGUGACCUUCUCGCCGGGUUCCGCCGAGUGCGUCACGUUGAAGGGAUGGCUGAGCGACCCGGUGAGCGGACGGCUGGACUUCGGGCCGUCUCGUCGCACUUGCGUGAAGCGCUCGUCGGGGCGUGAGACGCUGUUCAUCGUGCUGCCCAGCGUCCUGGUGGUGGCGACGCUGCUCAUCUGCGUGGUGGCGGUGGUGGCGUGGAGGCCGCUGGCCAAGGCCCGUAAGGAACCUCUUCCUAAAUGUCUGGAAGUUGCCAAGCUCACUCUGCACGCUCGGGUGGGCUGCUGCGAGGCCGACGGCUGCGCCGGCCACCACAGGCUCAUCUCGGUGGACGACUUCUCUUUAAGCGUUUCCACAGAGAUGGAAAGUCUUCCUCUGCACCUGGAGGAGGAAGUGCAGGAAGAAGAAGAACAGGAGGUGGAGGAUGACGAUGAGGAGGGGUGCUGGGCCUCCAAUUACGACUGUUCCCACGGGAACAUGGUGGACUUGGACAUGGGCGAUGGGGACCAGGCUGUGGGUUACAUGGAAAGGUGACAAAAGGAGGAGCCAGAGAACAUUUGAAAAAUGACUCAGGGACCUGCAAAGAGCGAAGAAAAAAAACACAAGGUGGAUUUGAAAGCAUUCCUCCGCUUUUCUUAUCUGCUUUGCUUCCUUUCGCUAUUCUAUGUUUCUAUUUUAGAUCUCCUCCAUGUUUUUCUAUCACAACCUUUAACUUUCUUCUCGCCACGUAAAGUGAAAACUAUUGCAGGACCGUUGAACAGGUCAACACUUGGUGGAAGAACACUGAAGAGGCCAACCACUUGGAUGGGAUACAAUUCUGAGAUCUUUUGACAACUGGUUGGAUCCCAUUCCUGUGGCCAACAUGGCAGCUGUCCAGCCUACUGUCACGACGUGAAAUACAAACACUCCCACUCGUGGAAAAUUCCCAUAAUCGCGGAUGUGCGUCACGAUCCCGUCGGUGCGUUUGAUUUCUGAAUCAUGGCCGCCUCACCCAUUGUGGAAUGGCAUCACGCUGCGUUGCCGUGGCGACAGUCAAACGGGUGGAACCGGUUGCGCCGUGGAUUAAGCUUCUCGUGGAUGGAAAGCUACUAUCGUGGAUAUUCCUUUUGUGCUGCUUUAAUUGACAUGAGCUUGAACAAUAAAGAGGCAAGCGAGCGGUCAACUGAC